UCCAGGUCAGAUCCCGGGACAAGACAUGGAGCUCUAAGCUAGCCCUCUCCAUCUAUCUCCAUUUGCUGCCUUGCACACUGCUCGCCAAAACCACCUUUUCUACCCCUGCUAUAGUGGUUUGGCUCAGACUCCUGUAAGAGAAGAAGAAGGGAAAAAACCCAAGUGGGAGGGAGUAGUAAACUUCCCCCAGCUGCUGACCAGACACACACAUGCUGCAUUGCUGCCAUUCCCCAAGCCCUGCUCCAUCCAUCCCUAGGGCACGGCCACUAGCUUGCUAGCGAGCACUUCACACAAAGACAAGGCCUGCCCUCGGGGAUAAAAAUACAAGCAGACUGUGUGCACUUGCCUCUUUCUUUUUUCUCCCUUUUCCGGGUCAUCCAGCCACACGCUCAUUAACUGGGGCGCCUUUUGUUAACUGUAAUUCCUGCUGCUUUGAGCAGUGGAGGAUUGCUAGUAGCCAGUCAGUCAUCCAGCCAGGCAGACUGUGGAAGCCAGACGGGUUGGUUGUCAGAGGCCGGGAUGAUGGAGCCCAGCAUGGAGAACUGCCUGGCCCAGGUCCUACAGAAGGACAUGGGCCGACGGCUGCAGGUGGGCCAAGAGAUCAUUGAUUACAUAUUGGACAAGGAGAAGUCCCACGACCUGGAGCAGGAUCAGACUGCACUGGACAAGAUGGUGGACGGCAUUGCCAGCUCCUGGGUCAACUCCAGCAACUUCAAGGUGGCUCUGCUCGGCUUGGACCUCUUAUCUGCCUUAGUGACAAGGUUACAGGAGAGAUUUAGGGCUCAGGUGGGAACAGUUCUGCCCAGCCUCAUUGAUCGAUUGGGAGAUGCAAAAGAUCAAGUGCGAGACCAAGACCAAACACUUCUGCUAAAGAUCAUGGAGCAAGCUGCCACCCCGCAGUAUGUGUGGGACAGAAUGCUGGGAGGCUUCAAACAUAAGAACAACAGGAGCAGAGAAGGCGUGUGCCUUUGCCUCAUCGCCACGCUCAACACAUACGGAGCUCACGGCCUGACCCUCAGUAAAAUUGUUCCACACAUAUGUAACCUCUUGGGGGACCCCACAAGUCAGGUCCGGGACGGGGCCAUGGGCUGCUUGGUGGAGAUCUACAGACAUGUGGGAGAGAGGGUCAGGAUGGAUCUCACCAAAAAGGGCCUGCCACAGUCACGGUUGAAUGUAAUCUUCAGCAGAUUUGAUGAAGUCCAAAGAUCCGGGAACAUGAUCUCAUCCUCUGGCUCAGAUAAGAACUUUGAGGAUGAAGACUCUGUGGAUGGAGGCCGAUCCUCCUCCUCGUCAUCAUCCAAAGCACCCCCUAGUGGCAGGAGGACUGUAGUGAGCUCUGUAAGGAGACCCAGCUCGGCCACCACAGCUAAGGCCACAGCUAAAGAAGCAGCUGCCGGUGCUGUUGAUGAAGAGGAUUUCAUCAAAGCCUUUGAAGACGUGCCCUCAGUCCAGUUCUACUCUAACAGAGAGCUAGAGGACCAGCUGACCAAGAUCAGAGAAGUGCUGUCUGAUGACAAACAUGACUGGGAGCACCGAGUGGUAGCGCUGAAGAAGGUCCGUUCUCUCUUGAUAGCCGGGGCGAUUGAGUAUGAAGGUUUCCCUCAGCAGCUGCGUCUCCUGGAGGCCCCCCUCAAAUUGUCCGCUAAAGACCUGCGCUCACAGGUGGUCCGUGAGGCCUGCAUCACACUAGGACAUUUGUCAUCAUUGCUGGGUAACAAGUUUGACCACGGAGCGGAGAGCGUCAUGCCCACGCUGCUGAACCUUGUGCCCAACAGUGCCAAAGUCAUGGCCACGUCUGGGAUGGCCGCCAUCCGCCUCAUCCUCAGGCACACACACUACCCACGUCUCAUCCCUAUCAUCACCAGUAACUGCACCUCCAAAUCAGCAGCAGUCAGACGACGCUGUUAUGAGUUCCUUGACCUCAUGUUACAAGAGUGGCACACUAAUACACUGGAAAGACAUGUAGCUGUUCUGACUGAGACUAUCAAAAAAGGCAUACACGAUGCUGACUCUGAGGCCCGCUCCAUCGCAAGAAAGUGUUAUUGGGGUUUCCAUGGUCACUACAGCCGGGAGGCAGAGCACCUGUUCCAGGCGCUGGAGUCCACCUAUCAGAAGGCCCUCCAGUCUCACCUGAAGAGCUCUGACAGCAUCGUGUCUCUACCACAGUCUGACCGUUCCUCGUCGUCUUCCCAGGAGAGUCUCAACCGGCCAUUGUCUGUGAAGAGUGUCAUUGGAGGGAGCAUAACAAGGAGUAAGCUGGUGAGCACCAGGGGGCCUACUACACCGGGUUCCCUCCAGCGCUCCCGUAGUGACAUCGAUGUAAACGCCGCCUCCAGUGCCAAGUCACGUCUGUCCACCGUUCCUGCCUCCUCACCGUUCAGCACUGCAGCUGCCCUCCCCCCAGGGUCCUACGCCUCACUAGAUGGCACUCCUGGUAAAAGUGAUGGUCGUGUUCGUACAAGGAGACAGAGCUCGGGCAGCGUGGGCGGGGCCAGUACCUCAGUGGUGGACAGUAGGGGGCGCAGCCGAGCCAAAGUUGUCUCCCAGUCCCAGCGAUCCAGAUCAGCCAAUCCCAUCAGUGCCGGCAGUCGCUCCAGCUCCCCAGGCAAGCUGCUGGGGCAUGGCAGCUACGGCCGGAUCCCUCGAGCCACGGUGUCGGCCUCCUCGACGCCGGCAGACAAGCGCAGCAAGAUCCCGCGCAGCCAGGGCUGCAGCCGUGAGACCAGCCCCAGCCGGCUGGGCCUCGCCAGCCUGUGUGGUAAAGCUCUUCUUCCCGCUGCUCUUCCCUACCGCACGCUAGCCCGGAGCCGCAUUCCCCGACCCAGCAUGAGUCAGGGUUGCAGUCGCGACACCAGUCGCGAGAGCAGCCGCGACACCAGCCCUGCUCGGGGCUUUGCUCCUCUGGACCGGUAUGGUUUGAUUCACCAAGCAAGAAUCUCUGCGUCAGUCAACGCCAUGAGGGUCCUGAACACUGGCACAGAGGUGGAGGCAGCAGUUGCUGAUGCUCUGCUAUUAGGAGACUCCAGGAAUAAGAGGAAGCCGUUGAGGCGGAGGUACGAAUCACCGGGGAUGUACUCUGAUGAUGAUGCCAACAGUGACGCGUCCAGUGCUUGCUCUGAGCGCUCAUAUGGCUCAAGGAACGGUGGCAUCCCCCAUUACCUGCGCCAGACAGAGGAUGUCGCGGAGAUCCUGAACCACUGCGCCAGCUCCAACUGGUCAGAGAGGAAGGAGGGCCUGCUGGGCCUGCAGAAUCUCCUCAAGAGCCAGAGGGUACUGAGCCGAGUGGAGUUGAAGAGACUUUGUGAGAUCUUCACAAGGAUGUUUGCAGAUCCACACAGCAAGAGAGUGUUCAGCAUGUUCCUGGAGACUCUAGUGGACUUCGUCACAGUACACAGGGAGGACCUGCAGGACUGGCUUUUUGUCCUGCUCACCCAGCUGCUGAAAAAGAUGGGGGCAGACCUGCUAGGCUCAGUCCAGGCCAAAGUCCAGAAGGCCCUGGAUAUCACGAGGGAGUCCUUCCCAUUUGACCAACAGUUCAACAUUCUGAUGAGAUUUAUCGUCGAUCAGACUCAGACACCUAAUCUCAAGGUUAAGGUGGCCAUUUUGAAGUACAUCGAGUCCCUGGCUCGGCAGAUGGACCCCACAGACUUUGUCAACUCCAGCGAGACACGCCUGGCCGUAUCUCGUAUCAUCACCUGGACCACUGAACCCAAAAGUUCCGAUGUCAGGAAGACCCUUCAAAACUGGGUGAGCGAGGAGCUAGCUGGCAGGUCCAGUACUGCAGCCUUACUGUCCGCUGAGGGCAACCAGGAAGAAAGGUGUAAGCAGGCGGCCCAGGUGGUGCUGAUCGCUUUGUUUGAGCUCAACACCCCAGAGUUCACCAUGCUGCUGGGAGCGCUGCCCAAAACCUUCCAAGACGGAGCCACCAAACUGCUGCACAACCACCUGAAGAACUCCAGCAACACCAGCAGCAAUGUGGGGUCUCCGAGCAACACCAUUGGCCGGACGCCGUCGCGCCACACCCCCAGCAGAACCAGCCCCCUCACCUCUCCCACAAACUGUUCCCACGGAGGGCUGUCUCCAAGUCGGUUGUGGGGUUGGGGUGUCGACGGACUGUCAAAGCACACCCCUAGCCCUCCUCCUCCUCCUCCGCCCCACUCCACCCCUGCUGCCCCCUCCCUAAGGGUCCUGCGCAGAGCAUAUUCACCCAGCAUGAUGGAGUAUGACACCGAGAACAUGAACUCAGAAGAGAUCUACAGCUCGCUGCGCGGUGUCACCGAGGCCAUCCAGAGCUUCAGCUACCGGAGCCAGGAGGACCUGAAUGAGCCAAUCAGACAGGAGGGCAAGAGGGAUGAUGCAGCAGGACGAGAAGGCGUGUCGUCCUCUACUGGCUCUGACGCCCGCCUGGGCUUAGACAUGGUGGAAGGGGGCCGCACCGCCUUAGACAACAAGACGUCACUACUCAACACGCCAUCACCUCGCUCGUUCUCUGGGCCACGGGGCCGCGAGUUCGCUCCUUAUGGCUACGGAGAAACAAUCUGCACAUAUGACAAGAGCGCCCUGAAGGAGGCUGUCUUUGACGAUGACGUGGAGCAGUUCCGAGACUGCCGGCGUCAGGAAAGUGGUGAAAACAAGAUGAUGUUCCCCAAGGUCUUUGCUCCUGGUAAAGUCGGCCAUGACCACUCAGACCUGGUGGCCGACCUGCUUAAGGAACUGUCCAAUCACAACGAGCGUUCUGAGGAGCGUAAAGUCGCCCUGGUGGAGCUGCUGAAGAUCACACGUGAAGACAGCCUGUCUGUGUGGGAUGAACACUUUAAAACCAUUCUCCUCCUCCUGCUGGAGACCCUGGGUGAUAAAGACGUACGUUCUGUGAUGGCUCUACAUGUGACUCAGAGCGAGUGUGCUUCUGUAGAGCACACCAUCCGUGCCAUGGCCCUGCGUGUGCUGAAAGAAAUUCUGAGGAACCAGCCAGCCCGCUUCAAAAACUACGCUGAGCUAACCAUCAUGAAGACCCUGGAGGCUCAUAAAGACUCUCACAAGGAGGUGGUGCGUGCAGCCGAGGAGGCGGCGUCCACCCUGGCCGGCUCCAUCCACCCAGAGCAGUGCAUCAAGGUGCUGUGCCCUAUUGUGCAGACAGCUGACUACCCCAUAAACCUGGCUGCUAUCAAGAUGCAAACCAAAGUCAUUGAACGCAUCGCCAAGGACUCCUUACUGCAGCUGCUGCCCGACAUCAUUCCUGGACUCCUGCAGGGCUAUGACAACACAGAGAGCAGUGUUCGCAAGGCUAGCGUGUUCUGUCUGGUGGCUAUCUACUCUGUAAUUGGCGAGGACCUGAAACCUCACCUGGCACAGCUAACAGGCAGCAAGAUGAAGUUACUGAACCUGUACAUCAAGCGGGCCCAGACGACCAACAGCAAUAGCAGCAGUUCCUCAGACGUCUCCUCUCACAGCUAAUGGAGGGAGGUUUCAUUUGGAAACCCUGUGGACGAACGGCGUUCCAGGAUUUCCAGGGCAUAGACACGCUUCUUUCCGACUUCACCAUCUCUGAGCUUCCCCUCCUCCUCAUCAGAACUCGAGCUUUGCUGCGUUUUUCUCCUGUGUCGAGGAGAUCCUCUCAGCAACCUAUUUGUCGUUUAGUUCCUCCUCCCUACCUUUGCUCCAGAAACUUUUGAAUGUAACUGUGGGUUGGUUUUAGACUGGUGGGGAGGGACUCAACACAUUUGGAGUUUUUGGAUCUAGGAAUGCACCUUCUCUUCCUCCACAGUUCCCACAACCCCCACACCGCCUUUUGUCAAUGGAAGCAUGUUUCUCCUUGAGCCCACAUUUGGUAGAAUAAGGAGUUCAUGCAUGAUGCCGUGAAAUAUUCAUCAUCAGAUUGGAGGAAAUGUUAUCGUGCAAGAGAAACUUCUGACAAAAAGACCACAGCUUGGGAUGAAAUGUCAUUUGGCUGGCCCAGUGAUGGUGAUGAGUCCAGAGGUUUCGGGAUGAAAAACCAAAUAUUCUUAGAAAAGCAGAAAUGUUUAUGGGAACAAUGUGACAUAAAAAAAGUACUGUAUGAGCAUCUUUAGAUUACAGGCUGACAGAAGCCUGUACAUCGAUUGUAUUCUUGUUUUAAUUAGUUAAUAAGUGACUUAAUCAAUUGAAUGCCCCUUUCACAACUUAACAUGUUGCCAAACGAUUCCUUGUCAGCUCAGAAUUGACAAUCCUUCAUAUAAUUGUGCACAUCUUUAUUUUAAGGUUCAGAAGAUGACAUCACUGUUAAGCUGUCACAAUUAAAGUUGUCUGAAUUUGUCUGGAAAUUCACAAUCAGCGGACAGCAGAAGUUGAGCCUAUGAAAAGUUGCAGUAUUUUCACACUGAACGUUCUGCAUCAAGUUUGUGUUAUGUUUUGUUCAACAUGCUCUCACAUGUGGUUGCCUAUAGGUUGCUAGUUUGUUGCAUCUUACCUGUGCAUCUAAUCUGUAAGGCUGCCGCUCAGUCCUGUGUGUGUUUGAAGAGGAAGUCCUUUAUAAAUACUGCAGAUGUUUUCCCUGCUUGGAGUUGGAAGGGAGACCAGCGAUCCAAGACAAGACAUUACCCGGCCUUAUUCAUUUUACACAGACUAAUGUUUGUUGACUGGGACUGCGGAGAGUGAAUGAGACGUACAGCACUGAAACUCUCGGCUCUCAAAAACUGUGAAUCUGCAGGAAAAGUGACGGCAGCGUUCUUGACCUGUGUUGAUGCAAAGACAGUAUUAGUUGUGUCCUCUGAGCUCCUUCAGUUCGCCUCCACAUAACCACAGCUUCUGCAAUAACCGUAAAUCCACAAUUAAAGGUAUUUUGUACAUAUACUUUUUGACCACUGCUUCGCAAAGUUUUCACAAUAUCUGGAAAUAAGUAAAGUGAACAGUUUGACUAUCUCACUUUUUUGCACGUUAGCAAAAUAGCUUGCAUGUAACCUGCAGCACGUGUCAACUUUGUGCUGGAUUGAAUGGCCCAGGUGUUUGGCUGUUAAGUGCACUUGAACCAUCAUCAGAUUACUCAUCUCCAAAGUUUCAGUACAGGAUGUAGUCACAUUAGCCAGGCUCAUAUGGAAAAGGUACAAAAUGGUGCAACAGCUCCAACUUCGCAACAACCAAAACCAUGUCUUUGGUAUAUUUAAGAUGGUAGAAAUAUCCAGGCAAGGUAUCAAGAAAUCACACCUCUGGUGGUUAUUUAUUUCAGUGUUACGUUUGAGGUAUCAAGAAGCUUUAAAAGGUUGGAUUUCUGAAAUGAGAUGGCUCUUUGAGUUUGACGGGUUCCCAAAGUUUACCCCAUGGAUCUCUAUUUGGGAAGAGUUUUCCCCAUCUGAUCAGAUUUUUAUUAUUUGAGAUGAUUUAGUUUAUCAUGGUACAGUUAACUUAUUGUAGGAAGGGAUCAGAAAUGAUUAUGCCUUUUAAUUUCUGCUAUCACCUUCGCUAACUUCUAGCAAAUGAAUCAUAAUAAUAAGGAAAAGUAUUUCUGACUUCACCUGGGGACAACCUGAGUCCUUGGAUGGACAAUUUGGGGCUCACUGUUUUAGUUGACUGGUGUUUUCAUUUAGGGAAUCCACUGAGAGUGGGCCGAUUGUUAUUUAAGUAAAUGAAUGUACAGACUUUACAUGUGUUAUAAUUAGCUUUUUAAGUAUUGGUACUGAAACUGAUUUGAGCGACACUCUGUAAUAUGCCUGUCUGCACUAUACCUUACUUUGCUUUCUCUGGAAUUCUUAAAACCAUUAAUCAGCUUAGUUAUUUUUUUAACAGGGCUUCUCCCAAUUAAAGCAAAUCCAUACAGGAAAAGUUCACCAGUCGGAAAACUACUGGUUGCUAGCAUCUGUUAUCACAAUACUGGUCCUAGAAACAGACAAGAUGUUCCUUUCAAACUGUUCACUAUGCAUGUUCUACAAUACACUCUUUCUUUUGUUCCAACCGGUCAUGUAAUAUUCAUACCUGUAUUUAUGUAUUUUAUUUUAUUUGUUCUCUCAUGAUAAACUGUACAGAAGGGUUUUUUGUUAACUUUCACCUGUGAUAGAUUUGCAACCAUGUAAAGAAAUUGUUUUGCUCUAGAAAUAAACAGACUAAGAACCGA